UUCUUGCUUCUAAUUUUCUUCCUUUUUUAUUUUUUAAUUUUUAUUAAAAAAAAAUACAGAGCAUAGUGAUGGCACGCAUUGACAUUAGUGAAAAAUGCAAAGCUGUAUGAAACGUGAGAGUGUGUUUAUAUAUACCAAACUCAUUUUGCUACUCCCAAUACCCAUUUUCAGGAGAGAGAAAGUGAGACCAAAAAUGGGGUGUUAGUGUUGUUCAUAGUCUCAGCCAAACCAAACCGCAAAAUUCAUUCCCAUUUCCCUCUACUACUUUCUCUGUCUAAAAUCUUACUCACAGUCUUGAUUUUAGAGUGAGAAAGUGCAAAAAGAUGAAAGCUUGGGUUUUUUUCUGGGUGUUAAUUGUGUUUACGAAUGCCAAAUUUAUGCAAUGCAGUGUUAAUUAUGACAGGAAAGCUCUUUUAAUUAAUGGCCAAAGAAGAAUUUUGAUGUCUGGUUCUAUACAUUAUCCCAGAAGCACUCCUGAUAUGUGGGAAGAUCUGAUAGAGAAGGCCAAAAAUGGAGGGUUGGAUGUGAUUGAUACCUAUGUCUUUUGGAAUGUUCAUGAGCCUUCUCCUGGCAAUUACAAUUUUGAAGGAAGGUAUGAUUUGGUUAGAUUCUUAAAGAUUGUUCAGAAAGCUGGACUCUAUGCCCAUCUCAGACUAGGACCUUAUGUCUGUGCUGAGUGGAAUUUCGGUGGGUUUCCUGUAUGGUUGAAGUAUGUACCAGGAAUCAGCUUCAGAACUGAUAAUGAACCUUUCAAGAGAGCAAUGCAAGGAUUCACUGAGAAAAUCGUAACCUUGCUGAAGAGUCAUAAUCUGUUCGAGUCUCAGGGCGGGCCAAUCAUUCUCGCUCAGGUUGAGAAUGAAUAUGGGAGACUAAGAAUGAGACUUGGACAAGAAGGGAAUAACUAUAUGAACUGGGCUGCAAACAUGGUUCAGAGUAUGGAUACAGGGGUUCCCUGGACCAUGUGCAAAGACGAUGCUACUCCAGAUCCUCUGAUAAACACUUGCAAUGGUUUCUACUGCGAUAAUUUUACACCUAACAGACCAUUUAAGCCCAAGCUCUGGACUGAGGCUUGGACUGGCUGGUUUACCGAGUUUGGAGGACCCAAACACCAAAGACCAGUAGAAGAUUUGGCCUUUUCUGUUGCUAGGUUCAUACAGACAGGGGGAUCCUUUGUCAACUACUACAUGUACCAUGGUGGGACAAACUUCGGGCGAACAGCUGGAGGUCCAUUUAUCACUACUUCUUACGACUAUGAUGCUCCUCUUGAUGAAUAUGGUUUGAUCAGGCAGCCAAAAUAUGGUCAUCUAAAGGAACUUCAUAAGGCAAUUAAGCUAUGUGAAUCAGCACUGGUUUCGUCUGAUCCUGUAGUUACUCAGUUGGGGGAUCAUCAACAGGCUCAUGUAUUUUUCCCGGAAAAAGGAGGCUGUGCAGCUUUUCUUUCAAACUAUGAUACAGAAUCUGGUGUGAGAGUUCUGUUCAAUAAUAAACACUACACCUUGCCUCCCUGGUCCAUAAGCAUUCUUCCAGAUUGCAAAAAUGUAGUUUUCAACACUGCAAAGGUAGGAGAACAAACAUCGCAUAUGGAAAUGCUUCCGAGCAACACAGAAAUAUUCCCAUGGGAAAGCUAUAACGAAGAUGCAUCAGUUCUAGAUGACGGGUCAAGCUCAACAGUAACAGCUGUUGGUCUCUUAGAGCAGAUAAACAUGACCAGGGAUAGUACCGACUAUCUUUGGUACAAAACUAGUGUUGAAAUUAAUCCAUCAGAGUCCUUUUUUCGUGGUGGGGAACUCCCAACACUCAUAGUACGAUCUACAGGGCAUGCUGUUCAUGUUUUUGUAAACGGACAGCUUAUAGGAUCUGCCUUUGGGGAAAGGAAGAAUAGAAGAUUCAUCUUCAGCAAAAAAGUGAAUUUACUGCCAGGAACAAACAAAAUUGCACUCCUGAGCAUAGCCGUUGGCUUACCGAAUGUGGGAGGACAUUUUGAGUCUUGGGAAACAGGAAUCCUAGGCCCCGUUGUAUUACAAGGCCUUGGUCAGGGAAAACUAGACCUAUCCUGGGAGAAAUGGACCUAUCAGGUUGGCCUAAAGGGGGAGUCCAUGAAUCUAGCCUCUCCAAAUGGUAUAUCCACGGUAGAAUGGAUGGACAGUAAAAUAGCUGUCCAAGACCAGCCAUUGAUGUGGCACAAGGCUUACUUUGAUGCACCUGAAGGAAAUGAUCCAUUGGCUUUGGACAUGCAAAGCAUGGGGAAGGGUCAAGUGUGGAUCAAUGGGGAAAGCAUUGGAAGAUAUUGGACAACUUAUGCUAGUGGUGAAUGUAACGGAUGCAGCUAUACUGGAAGAUUUGAUCCUCCCAAGUGUCAAGUUGGAUGUGGCAAGCCUUCCCAAAGAUGGUAUCAUGUGCCUCGAUCCUGGUUAAAACCAACAAGAAAUCUGAUCGUUCUCUUUGAGGAAACAGGUGGAGAUCCAAGCAAAAUUACCCUUAUGAAGAGAUCAAUGAACACAAUCUGUGCACAAGUCUCUGAGACUCAUCGAACCGUUAAAAGCUUUCAGAUUGAAAGCUAUGAUAGAACACAAGAAUUCUACAUACCCAAAAUCCAUUUGCAUUGUGCUCCUAGCCAGUACAUUUCAUCUAUCACAUUUGCAAGCUUCGGAACUCCUCUUGGAACUUGUGGGAGAUUUAUGAAAGGUUCUUGCCAUGCUUCCACCUCAUAUGCAGUCUUAGAAAAGAAAUGCAAAGGGAAGCAAAGUUGUGCAGUAACAGUAACAAAUAGCAAUUUUGGAAACGACCCUUGUCCAAAUGUGUUGAAGCGACUAUCAGUUCAAGCAAUCUGCGCUUCCACAGCUUUUACAACAUCUAACCAAACAAGUAUACACUAUUGAUCACCAUGCAUGAUAGUUUCGACAGAACAUACCAGUGAGGAAGGAACAUUAGUCUCGAAGUGUAAGUUUAUUAGAUAGGCUCAAAGUGUAACUGUUUAGAGUUAGAUUUUAGACCGUGCUAAUCAAAGGGCAUUUGGGCGGUUAAAUUUGGUUUUAAUAGUUUGUUUGGUAUCCAUUCCGUAAUUGUAAAUUUAGUUUUGUGUAGGUUUAGCAAGUUUGAUAAUUAUGUGGUUCUAGUCUUCUAGCCCCUGGCCUUUAAACAGAGGCUGGGAGAGAUUAUGGUGUGAAUUUUAUUUUUCAUCUUUUAUCUUUAUUUUUAUUUUUUUAUUUUUUUUUAUUUUUUAUUUUUUAAUUUGAGAAUGACUAUAGAAUUAAAGGAUUUUUGUGUGAUUAUUUUUGUAUUUUAGGGAGGUAACCACCCCCUCUUCAGUUCA